AUGAAGUUCCUCAAGCCAAAGGCAGCUAACCAAAUGCACUUCUCUCACUUGAGGAACAACACCGAUCCAGUAUGGUGGAGAGACCCCGCCCUUCGCAAAAAUGUGUUCCAUUGCGUCGGUCUCUACUUUUGUGUGUUUUAUCUGGGCUACGAUGCCUCGCUCAUGAACGGUCUCCAGGCAAUACCGCAGUGGGAGGAAUAUUUCAAUCAUCCCACUGGUAACGUCCUCGGCUUCAUCUCGGCUAGCUUGUUCCUCCCAGCGAUCGUCACACCUUUUGUGGCUUCUUGGAUCAAUGGUCUAUGGGGUCGAAAGAUAUGUCUGGCUGUAGGGUCGGUGCUACUUGUUUUGGGCGCAUUCCUCAAUGCGUUUGCAACAAACCUUGCAAGUUUUAUUGGUGGCCGAGUUAUCAUUGGUGCGGCAGGGCCCUUUGGAAAGAUUACUGGCAUCGCACUACUCCAGGAACUGGCUCAUCCACGCUUACGACCAUAUGUCGCCACCGCGUACUACAGCAACUAUUACUUCGGUCAGAUCGCUGCCGCGUGGUUUUGCUUUGGAGCAUUAUCUUGGCCAUCAACGGAUUGGAGAUGGCGAGCACCGUGCCUGUUCCAGGCCUUGGCGCCCGCCAUCGUGCUCGUCCAUCUUUUCUUUAUCCCAGAGAGCCCACGGUGGCUUGUCGACCAUGACAGAUCGGAGGAAGCCCUGAGGAUCCUCGCGCAAGAGCACGCUAACGGCGAUAUGAACGAUGAGCUGGUCCGCUACGAGUAUAAUGAGAUUUGCCAAGCACUCGCCUUUGAGAAGGAGAAUCAGAAGAGCAAAUACGCCGAUUUCCUAAAGACACCUGGAAAUCGGCGACGACUUCUUGUGUUAGUCACGAUGGGUACUGGCUCGAACUGGGUUGGCAACGGCAUCAUCGCCUAUUACUUGUCACCAGCACUGAAACUUGUCGGCAUCACCAAAGCCGAUCAAAUUGCUGGGAUCAACGGAGGUUUGGCGAUUUGGUCUCUGGUCUGGGCCUAUAUCGGUGCUCUCAAUGCAGAGCGCGCCGGUCGCCGGACGCUCUGGAUUGUAGGCACUACCGGCAUGCUUGCGACCUAUGUUGUGAUGACGGGGCUCAGUGGGUCUUUCGCCCACAAUCCCUCACACGCCGUGGGAAUUGCCGUGGUCCCCAUGAUGUACAUCUACAAGACUUUCUACUGCAUGAGUUGGUCACCGCUGCCAUUUGCCUACGGCGCCGAGAUUCUUCCUUACCACAUGAGGCUCAAAGGUCUGAGCAUUGAACUCAGUGUUCAGAGCGUCGCGCUGGCUUUCAACCAAUGGGUCAACCCCGUGGCUCUGGCUGCAUUGGCAUGGAAAUAG